CAAAUACAACAUAUCCAACAAACGCAAAUCUCUCACUCAAACACACACCCACACACACACACUCUUCACCAUGAUCUCCGAUCAAACUCGCCGGCAGAAGUCGCGGGAACGAGAAGUGAGCUCUCGGUAUCUUUCACCCAUCGCCACACCAUCAUCACUACCACAAUCUCCAAACCAUAACCAUACUCUUUCUAACCCUAAACAAUCAUCAUCAGCCAAACACAAACAUACUGGAUUUAUUCGUGGACUAUGGCCUUCUUCUACUUCCCACUCAUCAAAAUCACAGAAAGAAAAUCCACCAAACACCACCGCCACCGCUGUCACAACUCUUUCCGAUCACCUUGGUAACGAAAGAAAAGAUGGUGUCAAAAGAUCCGGAUACUCGAUGUUUCUUAGUAAACAAAAAAGUUGCAGGGAGUUCAGACGCUCGGAGAGCCAUUCCAGUACAAAAAGCUCCUUCAAGGAGCAGCAAAUGCACAUUUACAGUGGCACCGGAAAGAUUAUUCCGGGAAGAUCAUCAAUUUCAUCUUCUAUAUCGUCAUCUUCCUCUUCGAAGUCAUCAGAUUUUUUUGACUCGCACCAAGUUAUACAGCCUGGGAGAUUAUCGGUAGAUGAAAACGCUCUUCGCCGGAGAUCACCAUUUUAUCCGAUGAAAUUGGAUUCUUCCACCGAUAAUUCAGAAAUAAGUGAUCUUGAUUCUAGGAAAAACUCUCUAGCGUCAUAUAUGUCACCCACACUGAGUUCUAUGAACUCUGGAUAUGAAGUUUCAUCGAAGUACAUGAACCCAUCAAUAACAUCCAUGCAUAAUUCUCCCAAGAAAUGUAGGCUUAAGACGACUAUGAAAAGGGCAAAUUCUGUGUCUUAUCCACAUGAAUGGGAUUCAUCCCCAUCGAGAUCGGGAUCAUUAUCACCGAUAUAUCCAUCAUUUUCAAGCUCCAAGCCUCCUAGUUCAUCCAAGGGUAAGAAGAAUCUUCUGCAUAUGGGUUUGGAUUUGAUCAAGGGUAAGAAAGGAGGAUCAAAGCUGCGUUCUUCCUCGUGUUCGGAAUCAGGUAAAGAUACAAUAGAGGAUAUUCAUCAGUUGAGAUUGCUGCAGAAUAGUUGGAUGCAAUGGAGGUAUGCGAAUGCUAGAGCACAAGUUGUUCAUGAUAACUUAGUUGUCCAAUGUGAGAAUGAUUUGUUAUAUACAAGGGAGAGUAUGGAAAAGUUGCGACAAUCAGUGGUACAAAAGAGGUUACAACUACAAAAAGAAAAGCUAGAAAUGAAGCUUAAUUUGAUCCUACAUUCUCAAACAAAAAUGUUAGAGGCAUGGGGAAACAUUGAAAGGGGACACAUUGUGAAUGUUUCCAUGAUGAAAGACUAUUUACACGCCGUUGUUUGCAGGAUACCCCUUAUUGAAGGAGCCAAGGUGGAUCUUGAAUCAGCUUCAAUCGCUUUUCAAUACACAUCAGAUUUGGUUGACACAAUCAAGUCCGUUUUAUCUUCAAUUUCGCCCAUGGCACCUAACACCAUCAUCACACUAUCAGAGCUAGUAGAGAUUGUAACCCUGGAGAAGUCAUUGCUACAAGAAUGUUUAGAGCAUUUAAGAGUCAUUUCGAUAUUAGAGAUCCAAGAGAGGGAUCUAAGGUGUAACCUUAUUACAAUGGAUUCGUUAAAAGAGCAGCAACAAUAACAACAAAUUAACCGCUAUGUAAGCCCCAAGACUUACAAACACAAAUAAUGAUCUUAACAAUUGGAAGCCUAGCUAGCUCAGAUGUUGGAAUUUGUACAUGAUGAACC